UUCCGGAAGAAGAUGAAGCUCCAGGUGAAAGUGCUAGUGGUGAUUUUAGUGUUGUGCAAUUUUAAGCCAUCCCUUGGGGAUGACUUUCCAUCUCUGAUUUCGGCUAAUGCCUCGAUUGCGGUUAUCCUGGACAGGGAAUACCUGGAUAACCAGUACGAGGCCCUGCUGGAAAACACCAAGCGCACCUUUGAACAAAUCCUGCGAGACAACUUUAAGAAUGGUGGUCUGAUCGUGAAAUACUUUUCCUGGACCAGCAUCAAUCUGAGAAGAGAUUUUACGGCAGUGCUUUCGGUGUCCAACUGUGAAAACACCUGGGACGUGUAUAAAAAUGCGGCGAAGGAAAAUCUGGUCAUCAUGGCAAUUACGGACACGGAUUGUCCACGGUUGCCAUCACAUAAUGCAAUCAUGAUCCCCAAAUCAAUUCCCGCCAGUGGCAUCUUUGAAGAGCUGCCCCAAGUGAUCAUGGACAUGAAAACGAUGAAGGCCUUCAGCUGGAAGUCUGCCAUAUUGCUGUACGAUGACAGUUUUGACCGCGACAUCGUCGCCCGCUCCGUCCUAGCCCUGUCCAAGGAAUCGGAGGAUGUUCUCCCACUAUCGCUGUCCCUGUUCCGCAUCGAGAGCCACACCCACAUGUGGGAGAAACGCAAAGCCGUCCGGAAGGUACUGCUCGGUCUACCGACCCGCUACAUUGGUACCAACUUUAUAGCGAUUGUAACCGCAACGACGAUGGAACUGGUGAUGGACAUCGCCAAGGAGCUGAAGAUGGUCAACCCGUUGGCCCAGUGGCUGUACGUGAUAUCGGAUACGACGGCGGAGCAGAACAACAUCUCGUCCGUGCACUCGAUCAUCUCCGAGGGGGACAACAUUGCGUUCGUGUACAACAUGAGAAAGACUGCGGCAUCCUGCGAGUCCCAGACGCUGUGCUACAUUGAGAAUCUGGUGAAUGCACUGGUAAAGGGACUGUCUAAGCUGAUAAGGGAGGAGAAGGCUGUUUACGGGCAGAUUGCUGAUGAGGAGUGGGAGGUCAUUCGGAUGACCAAGGUGGAGCGGAAGAAUGAUAUCCUGCAGAUCAUAAAGGAGGAACGUGUUGGAAAAGAUACCUGCAACGAGUGCUCGAUGUGGAAAGUACAAUCUGGAGAAACCUGGGGAUACACCUAUCAAUUACCCGCGGACGAUGUGUUAUCCGGAACUGCGGUGGGACGGCGAAAGCAGGUUGAGAUGCUGGAUGUCGGCUACUGGACACCACAGGACGGGUUUGUGAUGGCCGACUUUCUGUUUCCACACAUCUCGCAUGGAUUUCGAGGAAUUCACCUGAACUUUUACACCUACCAUAACCCUCCAUGGCAAUUUGUGUCCUUUAACGAAAGUGGCCAUCCCACCCUAUCGGGGGGCGUCGUGAUGGACAUCCUGGAAGAGUUGUCCCGAAAGCUGAACUUUACCUACACCGUCAUAGUCGCUCAAACCAACAUUGAGUACGUUGGAAAUCUUACCGAGGACGGAAACAAUACGUCCAUCAGAGAAAUCCACACGGUCACCACGGACAUCCCGUCCGAGAUCAUGAAGUCCCUAAUCGACAACAAAAUUCUGCUCGCCGCGGUCGGAGCAACGGUCAGCGAAAAGCAGAAAAAGUUCAUCAACUUUACGGUGCCAAUCAGCAUCCAGACGUACAGCUUCAUCGUGUCGAGACCAAAGGAGCUGAGCCGCGUCUUUCUGUUUCUGUCGCCGUUCACAGUUGAUACUUGGAUGUGCCUCGGGUUGACGAUACUGAUGAUGGCCCCUCUACUGUACGUGGUGAACCGCGUUAGCCCGUUCUACGAGCACCACGGCAAGUCCAACAAGCUGGGGCUGGGCAAACUGAACAACUGCUUCUGGUAUCUGUAUGGGGCGCUGCUGCAGCAAGGUGGACUCUACCUACCGUAUGCCGACAGUGGUCGAAUUAUUAUUGGAACAUGGUGGUUGGUGGUCCUCGUUAUCGUCACCACCUACUGCGGAAAUCUGGUUGCCUUUCUAACCUUCCCCAAGAUCGCUGUUCCCAUCACGACAAUUUCGCAGCUGGUUCGCAACAACGAGGGAAUAACUUGGAGCAUCCGCAAGGGAACGUUUUUGGAGCAGUUUCUGAGGGAAACCGAUGACGCCAAGUAUCUCAAGCUUUCGCAUGGAGCUACAUUUAUUUCGGACGAAUCGGAUUCGAUGGUGCAGUCGAUUCGGAACGGCCACCACGUGCACAUCGACUGGAGGACCAACCUAAAGUACCUGCUGAAGAGGGAGUUCCUGAAGAAUGAUCGGUGUGAUUUUACGCUGAGUUUGGACGAGUUUUUGGACGAACAAAUAGCGCUGGCUCUUCCCAAGGCUAGUCCGUAUUUGGAUGUCAUCAACGCGGAGAUUACGAAGAUGCAUCAGUUUGGGUUUAUCCACAAGUGGCUCAGCAAUUACAUGCCCUCGGAGGACAAGUGUUCCAAGGCACGUAAGAACACGGACGUGGAAAAUCACACGGUCAACAAUGACGACAUGGCUGGCUCUUAUUACGUGCUUUUGAUCGGGUUCUCAUCGGGGAUGUUUCUGUUUCUGAUUGAGUUUGGGUGGAGAUUCUACAAAAAGUCCAAGGAGCAAUCGCUGCAGCCGUUUACAGAUUGAAUGAAGUUCAGACUACCAACCAAGUUACCAACACACGAUCGGAGGAUAUUCCGGAGAUUUUGCAGCAAAAAGAUGGCCGCUUACUUGCAAAUGAUUGUAGUGCUGAUACUUGUGGUAGUUUCAUGCAAAAUAUUCAUAGUGGCAAUGCUUUGAGCUUUAAGUUUUUUUUAAAGAAUCUUCUAAACCUU